CCCUGCUCCUGAUGGCACGCUGAGUUUGGGAGUGCACGAGGGAGAUGUCUUGCAAAGCCUGACAGGCGAACACACUCUCAAAAGAAGAAAGAGAGCAAGAGGGAGAGAGAGCACAUUGCCAGCUAACACAUUCUUGCACUUACGGUGCAAAACAAAGAAGAUCUCCUAACAAGCUUUAGUUUGACCUCCAACACUAGAGCACAUGUUCCAGAUGAUGCAGGUGUCUGGUGGUCGCGGGAUUCCCCUGCUGGUGAUGAGCGUUGGACUACUGUUGCUGGUUUGUGCAAAGUGGGCUGAGCCGUACAGGACACCUCACCCCGAGGAAGAUCAGGACAGAUAUGAUCCCAGAGAUUACCACCAAGAAACAGAUUACCAUAGAGAUAACAGUGAAAGGAGGAGAACAGAGUGCAGGCGAUGUUGUGAUCCAGUGGAGGAACCACUCCAGUAUGGCAGCAAUUACCCACAAUACCAGGUGGUUCCACAGAUAAACAUCACUAUCCUCAAAGGGGAAAAGGGAGAAGUUGGCCAGCGAGGGUCCUAUGGGAAAACAGGCAAGAACGGGCAGAUGGGCCCAAGAGGACCUCAUGGCUUGAAAGGCACCAAGGGCAGCAUAGGAACUCCAGGAGAACCCUGCAAGUCCUACUACGCUGCUUUCUCUGUCGGCCGCAAGAAGGCUCUGCACAGCAAUGACUACUACCAGACCCUGGUGUUUGAUACUGAGCUGGUCAACCUGUACGGUCACUUUAACAUGUUCACAGGAAAGUUCUUCUGCUAUGUGUCAGGGAUUUACUUCUUCAGCCUGAAUGUGCACACGUGGAACCAGAAGGAGACGUACCUGCACGUGAUGAAGAACGAGCAGGAGAUGGCCAUCCUGUACGCCCAGCCCAGUGAUCGCUCCAUCAUGCAGAGCCAGAGCCUGAUGCUGGAGCUGGAAAGAGAUGACGAAGUGUGGGUACGACUCUUUAAGGGCGAGAGAGAAAACGCUGUAUUCAGUGAUGACUUUGACACUUACAUUACAUUCAGCGGCCACCUCAUCAAACCCAAGAGUGAAGGCUAGCAGACCUCUGUGAUGUGUCUACAGGCAUAAAACACAUCCAAGUAUAUUUGCAUUGAAUAACUGAAAUAACAUCUUGUUGCUUACUUCUUGUAUCAUUUAUAUUGGACAUGUAGUAGGCUAUGUAAGAGUAGCCCCUCUCAAAUAAUAUAACAUUAUUAUCCACCAAUCUGAGUAUGACGUGAACAAAGGUAUGAGAAAAAUAUCAGAGGCUUUGGGAGCAUAACGUUGAAUCAAGGACCAAAUUUAAUGACUUUCAUUAGGUCCAUUAUAGUGGUGUUGCGGAGUUAGUGGUUGGCAUUGAGUGACAAAUUCAUUGUUGUCUGGAAGCUGGAAGUUUGGAACUGAUUUUGCUGGAUACACAAACACUGCAAGAGGAUAACAGGAUUCAGUAACAUGCAUCAAUUAAACGCAUAUACAACUCUUGAAUAUAACCUACAGUACUGUGCAAAAGUCAGAGCCCACCCUUUGUUUAUUAAAUUUAUAGUUAAAAUGGUGAUUAAACAUGAGUUAUUCACUUUGCAGAAAUGAUUGGGUAUAACUUUAUCCAGCUACAUAAGAAUGGGGAAAGUCAAAUAAGUUUCUAAAAGUUAAAAAAAUUAUUAAAAGAUAUUUAGUGAUUGCGACUUCUAUGUAAUUUUCUGUUAUAUAUGCACGCUACUUUUUUCUGGUGUUGAAAAAGGAAUAAUUGAAAAAAAAAGUUUUAUUUUGAGUCGAAAUAAAUCAAACAAAUGAAUAAAUAAAUGAAGGGUGGUGUUGCACAAUAGUGAAUAUCAAUAAAAAUUGAGCUCUUUAAAAGAAUCAAUUAAAGAUACACUCAGCUUCAAAUUUUGCUAAACAGGAAAUAUUGAGGUUUGUGUUAUAAAAGAGAUCAAAUCAAGCCUCUGAAUAAUUAAAAUAACCUAAAAUAACUUAGCACAUGCAAACUCACUGCCAGUCUAGACUGUGUUUUUCUUGCUGCAUCAUCUUGCACUAGUCUAUAAAAUGCUAUGGUGAAGUUCAAAUCAAAAAAGGUGCUCUAGUCAAUGACGAUACAGUUUGAUGGUGCUGUUGAACAUUUGAAAUAUGCACAUAUUCUAUUUUCUAUAACUGUAUUUUUUUAUUCUCAGAAUUGGUAUGUUUACAGUGUCUGUAAGCUUGUAAGGGACUUGAAUUAUACAUAAUGUAAACGAUGCAAAUGAAAUUUUACAUAAUAAUAUUAAAAAAAACUCAUUUUAA